CCAAAGAGAAAACAGGCAAGUAUUGCACUAUGGACUGAUCUUAGCAUUUCUGCCAUUGAUCGCCUGAAUGAAUCGUCAAGUUCUGAUCACGUGAAACAAGUUUUGGCAGACAUCUUUAUGCUGGAUGACCACAGAACAGAUUCCAGAUCAGCUAUUGUCAUGGAUUUAUUCUUCUACACACUACAGUUUGCCAAACGAGAACAAUUCUCCCGAGACAAAACAUCGGCUUUCUUCUCUAUCAUCAAACGGAUAUUUGAAAUGUGUAUAGAAACUCCUUUUGAUAACAAGGAUUUAACACAUGAUUACUUCAAGGACCUUCUUAUUUGCCAUUCUGUUCAACGGCCACCUUACAGUUUAGCCCUCUUCUCGGCCACUAAUGUGAUGAGAAUAUCCCAGCAUGCAUUGAACACAUUCUUCAGGCAUUUCGACAUGUACAAGUACACCUUCACUCCAGAGGUGUCUCUGGACCUAGCUUUGAAAUAUUCUGAAAUGCCGCCUACGCCGCCCCCAGAAGCAG